AUGGAGGCAAAGGCUGCGGAACUUCUGGCAGCCUUCAAAAACCCUAAUCUCUCCGUCGACGCGAAGGUUGCCCACCUCACGGCUAUCAAGUCCGACAUCAAACAGAAAAAUGUUCCCGAGGGCGCCAUUCUGACCAUUUUCGAGACUCUCAAACUCUCCUUAAGUUCACAACACUCAUCAGUCCUCAGUGCUGGAUUUUCGACCCUUGGCCAUUUUCUCAAACGAUUGUCAAUUCAAGACCAGCAGCAAUGGAUUGUGAACCAAGCGCGGGACCUCUACCCUAUAUUGCUGGAUCGACUCGGCGACCACAAGGAACGUGUUAGAGCUCAGUCAGCUACAAUUUUCACCGAGCUUUGGUCUUUGUCAAGCAACUCUGUGUCCAGCAACGAAGUGGAAUAUUAUGUGCUCGAGACCGCUUUGGUGGGAAAGAACCCUCGGGCCAAAGAGAUGAGCAUGCUCUGGCUGUCUAACAUGACGAGAAACCAUGGGCUGUUGUUCCGUCAAUAUGUACCCUCGCUGGUCGCAUGUCUAGAGGACGCCGACAGUGCUGUUCGAGAUACAGCAAGAUCGGUCGUAGUUGAACUAUUUCAAAAUGCCUCCGCACGAGCCAAGUCUGAUCUGCAAAAACAACUGGCUGCUCGCGGCGUAAGGAAAUCAAUUGCCAAUACUAUUCUUUCUGGAAUCGGGCUUGGCUCCGCUGAAUCUGAGAGCUCAACUCGACCGAUGUCUCGUGCAGAACGACCAAUGUCUGUGAUGUCUUCUCGUUCGCGUGCUAUGGAAAUACCGGAUGAUGAGCCGGAAACAUCAAAAAGUCGACCAGGUUCCCCACGGAGCCGUCAUGAUCGUUCGACUCCUUCCGCACCUAGUGAACCCCUACGACCUAAAACUCCAUCCCUGGCACCCACACCCCACCAACCAUCCCUUGUGGAGGAUGAUAGUUUGGAGCCGUCCCUUGUCUCGUCAGGGAGAGACAUCGAUGAUGCCGUGCGCGAUAUGCUCCCCUGGUUUGAAGGUAGGGAAUCAGAAGACAACUGGUCGAAGCGAGAGAAGAAUGUUAUACUCUUUCGCCGAAUCACCCGCGGCAAUGCGCCCCACGACUUUCCCCAAAACUUUGUCAAUGCCGUGAAAAGUUUUCUGGAUGGAAUCUUCAAAGUGGUGAACUCGCUACGCACAACUCUCUGCACGAACGGCUGCCUUUUGAUGCAAGAUAUUGCCAAAACUUGUGGGCCAAAGAUCGAUUCUAUGGUCGAAAUAAUUAUGCAGAAUUUGAUCAAAUUAUGUGCCUCCUUAAAAAAGAUUGCGGCACAGAAUGGAAAUGCAACAGUUGAUGCUGUUAUUGGAAAUGUCUCGUUCAACAUUCGCAUCCUGCAACAUGUCCACUGGGCGUGCCAAGAGAAAAAUGUGCAAUUACGUCUCUUUGGUGCAGGAUGGCUGAAGACCCUAAUCAGUCGCCAAGCCCAUCAGAAGAGCACAGUCGAACAUGGAAAUGGGCUUGAUUUCAUUGAAAAAUCUCUCAAGAAGGGAUUGGGUGAUGCAAAUCCCGGCGUACGAGAGGCGGUGCGUAGCACGUUCUGGACCUUCUAUGGUGUCUGGCCUGACCGAGCCUAUGUGAUUUUAUCCGACCUCGAUCCCAAAUCGCGUAGCCUGCUGGAGAAGGACCCAUCAAACCCCAAUGCGGCGCAGAAAACUUCAACCAUCUCCGGGAAGAUUGCCAGCGGCCAACCCUCUGGUCGUUCUGCUCUCAAAGAGGCCAUUGCCGCUCGUAAGAAAGCCCAGAUGCCUUCUCGACCGGAGUCUGCCCACUCGGCUUUUGUGGACUCAGAUCCAGCCACCAGGUCCUCCACUCGGAGUGUGCCUACCGGAGCUCCCCUCUCCUCGCUUCACUCUGCACCAAUGCGACCUUCUAUGAAGCCUCGACGUCCUGAAAUUAGUCGCCCGGCGACAGCAGAUCCUUACGCUCGUCGGCCAGAUAGGCCAGAUUCCCGGGCCCAAUCAACAUCUAAGCCUGUAAGCUCACCGAGAUCAGUGAGAUCCAAGGCAUCCACACCUUCAUCGAAACCAAUCAACGCUCCUCGCCUUCGACCUCACGAGUCUGGACAGACUGGCACUACCAGGGGAAAGCCCAAGAAGCUUGACCUUUCAAAAUCCAAGUCUCAUGGGGACCUUGCUGCAGCUAGCCGUGCUCGUAGCGAUUCUGAUGACAGCAUAGUGAAUCAACCCUCUGUGCAUACAUCAUACACUGGUCUGUCAACCGGAUCUAAUAUUCAGAAUCAGCGGGCACAUAUUGUGCUGGAAAGCCCUAUUCUCUCUGCAUCUCAACCGCCGCCUACUAGCAGCCAACGCAGUAACCAUAGUGAUCAUAGCCACGGAGUGGUUCUAGAUCCAGUCGAAAACCCGGAGCCACUUUCGCUCGAUGGAGCUUCUUCUCUAGCUACUUCUCCACAGGAAGCAGAACUAGAAGUUGCGACACCAUUGCGCCGUUCUGACACAAUAUCCGAGCCCGAACAAGCUCCUCAGUCCCAGUCGGAUGAAAUGGUUAUAUACGAGGAUCCUGCUACGCCAGCCGUGGCGGAAGCGAAGACUCCUGAGUUGUCCCCUGUUCAGCAUUUCACCCCAAGAAGAUCUCCUCGUCGCAACACCGAGCAGGAUUUUCAAGAGACUGUGCAUGACGUGCCCACGCUACGAGAGACACCAGUCAAGAAACCUGCCCCUGAAUUGGCUCCUGUUCAAGAUUUCCCUACUGACGGUGUCAACGAGCCUCGUUUCCCAUCCCCCAAGAGAACACCACUUCGAGGAACCCCCUCACCCACCAGAAAUCGUGGACCGGCAACCCCGUUACAAAACAUCUCCGCCCUGGAGUCAAGCCUGCCAACUGAAAAUAUGGGAACAGAUACAUUCGAGCACAAUCCCAAUAACGAGAAUGCCGCUACACAUAUCGCCAAAGUCCCCGAGUUAGCUCCAACUCCACGAUCAGCAGCUAAAUCUGGUGCUUUGGAAGAGGUAUCGCUCAACGAGUCUACCUCACGACCCGUGGAUAUGCGUGGCUGCUCCUUCGAAUCUGUUGGUCCUUCAACGACCGAAGAAUUGAGUCUUCGCCGCAGCCGCAAGUGGGCUGAACGUCAUAGGAGCCCAAGCCCUCGAUCGAAGGACCCUGUCAACGCGAGAGAAAUGCUAAACAAGGCUUUGAGCCGCAUUGCGACUAAGAACAUGGACAUCUCGGGAUAUCGCAAGCUGCAAGGGUUAUAUCAAUACCACGGCGAAGAUAUUGUGUCUCAUGAGCAAGAUUACUAUUCUCUGCUCCAAGCUCUUUUGAGCGAGCUCGAGUCAGCACCUACAAGCCGCAAGGAUCAUGAUAUCAAGACCCAAAUCCUUGCUACUAUUCGCUCCAUGCUUCUCCGUACUAGCGUGCUUUUCCACCGGUACGAUGUUCCCGCAAUGGCCGCUAUUAUCCGAGCGCGGGGCCACUACGAGUCUAGCUCCCAUUUCGUCACCUGUUUGGAAGAGGUUGUAGAGCAGUUGGUAUCUCUUAUAUCACCAGAGACGGUGGUCAAUGGCGUACUACAAGGACUGGAUCUGGAUAAGGACACGAAGAGCGAAAAUGCAUCUCGAUCAAUUAUCAUGGGUCUCGCGACUAUUCACCAAGCCCUAUCACAAGGGCCCGUGGAGAUCUCGGAUGAUGUUCUUGCCAGUAUCGGCGCUGUUGUCAGCCAACAACUUGCUCAUCCACGACCUGGUGUGCGCAAGCAGGCAACUGAGCUAUGCACGCUUCUAAAUCUCAAGUUUGGUCUGGACCGCGUCCAGAAAGUCACCCAGCCCGCCGGUGAAGGAUCUCUUAACCUACUCACCUAUUUCAUGGCUCGUCGAUCCCAGUGA